GUCGGGAACGAGUCGCCGUACGAGGACGCGCCGUUGACCAAGAUCUCGCUCCAAGAGUACCUCGAGACGAUCACCAAGUACACGGAGCUCGAGCACAGCAUGUACGCGCCGCAGCACGACGACCAAGCGGUCGUGAGCACGCAAGCGUGCUUCUUGCCGAUUGAGAAGGAGGCCGAGAGCAAGACGGAGUUUCACGUUGGCUUGUUCAACUACCAGUCGCGGGCGGAUGACCCGGCCGUGCUCGUCUUGGUCUGCACGGACGCUGGCACAAGUGCUCAAGUCGUGAGCCAGCGCGAUGCGGCUCUCUUCUGCAACCACCACGGCAUGAAGCACUCGUUUGCAGCGGAGCGCUUGUCCCAGGACCGCGCCAAGCGAGGGGUCGACGCCGCCGAUGUCGCCAUGACAGCAGACGAAGAAGCCCGCAACUACGUCAUGAUUGUGCAGAUCCCGCUGCAGCAAAAGCCGAGACCCGUGCGCAGUUUCGCGCUCAAGAAGAAAUGCUCGGGCGUUCGAAUGAUGGCGCGUUCCUCCGCACCAUUGAUGAUGGACGUCGAAGCUGCGAUCAUCAGCAUCAGCGACGACGCCAAGGGCCCGUACCCCAAGCUGAGCCGCUUCAGCCACGUGCAGCGAGACACAAGGUACCCGAUCCGCGUCACGGUGCAGUUUUAUCAAGCGACGAGCAACGGGUUUGUGACACCCGACGUGGUGCAGGCACUCGCCAAGAAGAUGGCGUCGGUCAAAUCCAAUGCGACGUGGUGGGGCUCCCUCGUCACGCCCAGCGAUCCGAUUCUGUGCCCGCCAACGAACAACGGUGUCACGCCGCCCAAGGACAACGAUGGCUCGGUGAACGCUACCAAGCCCUCGUUCUGGCAGCGUAUGACCGACUUGUUCUGAGCAGCUCGUCGAUAUUGUAACACAUGACUUCUUGCAUCCA